AUGGGACCUUCUUCAAAUCCUAGCAAUUUUCCAAGAGAUCAAAAAGAACGCAAAUUCCCUACUUAUAUCUUUUUAGAGGAACAAAGAAAUGGAGAAAAAAAUGGAGGUAUACAUGGAAAUUGGAGAAAACUUUCAGAUCGCGUUAAAAGUCAUCAACAAAGCGAUUUUCAUCGUAACUGUUAUCUCCAAUGGAAAACAGCUACGAUUCACUUGAAAAGUCAAAAGUCCAUUGAGCAUCAGUUAGAAAAACAAAUUGGAGAUGAAACAAAGCGAUGGAAAGUCAAAGAAAGAUUCCUUAAGCUAGAAGAACUUGAAAAGAAAAAGGGAUCUGAUAUAACAAAGUUGAUAUUGAAUGUGUUGGAAGAGAAUGAGCUCGACAUAAAAAAUUGUCGAGGUCAAGGCUACGACAACGGCGCUAAUAUGGCAGGUAAUUACAAUGGAGUUCAAGCUUUGAUAAGACAGAAUAAUCCACAAGCAAUUUUUAUUCCUUGCUCUGCUCACAGUUUGAACUUAUGUGCAGUACACGCUAUUGAAUCAUCGGCUCCUGCAAAAUCCUAUUUUGGAAAUAUUCAAAAGCUAUACAAUCUGUUCAGCAGCAGCCCAGUUCGUUGGAAAAUUCUUAAGGAGGAGACAGGCCAAUCAUUACAUAAACUUUCUGUUACACGAUGGAGUUCAAGGAUUGAAUCAGUUAAGCCACUAGCAAAAAAGCCAAGAGAGAUCUUGAAAUUAUUACAUCGUCUAAAAGAGUUAGACCUUCCAGGCGAAUCUAUUAAUAACGUGAGUCUUCUGCUUCAAUCCACUCAACUCACUCUCGAUGAUGAAGUAAAGAUUCUAAAUGGCCUUUUGAUGGAUCUGGAUCGAACCCGUCUGUCUUGGGACCUCAUUUUGAUAGAGGCAACAGAAGUUGCAAAGAACUUGAAAUUUGAUAAAAUAAUGUUUACUGUGAAGAGAACGCGAAAAAAGAUCGUCUCAGAUGAAACUGCUGGUUACAACCACGAAGAAGCAUCAAAAAACUUUGAGUGUAAUGUCUUCAAUGUUGCACUCGACAAUCUGACUAGUCAAAUGAGAUCAAGAUUUAAAGUAAUAGAAGAGGAAUGUAGCAAGUUUUCCUUCCUUUGGUAUUUACAGAAAUCUCAAACAGACCAAGAUCUAGGUUUAAAAGCUGAGAAUCUGGCUAAACUUUACCCAGAAGACUUAUGUAAAAACGAAUUUUCUGAUGAAGUUCGGCAUUUUUUUUCCGUAAGAAGAAAUAUUCUAGCCAGCGAAAAGCCUGUCGAACUUCUAAAUGAAGUUUAUGCAAAGGGGCUGCAUUCAAUAUUUCCGCAAAUGUGUGUUUCUCUUAGAAUCUUUCUAACAUUGCCCGUUUCAACAUCUGAAGGAGAAAGAUCUUUCAGCAAGUUAGCUAUCAUCAAAGACUAUCUACGUUCCACAAUGGGCCAGGAGCGAUUGUGCUACUUGAUGAUCCUUUCAAUCGAAUCAGAUUUAGCCAUUAACGUUAAUUAUGAAGAAGUUAUUUCAAAUUUUGCUGCUAAGAAGGCCCGGAAGAUGUACCUGAAGUAUGAUAGGGCAUCCAUUAAACUUUUGGACCCGGGCAUCACAAAAGCUCUGGGCGGGCCUGCACUGAAGCCUGCAGUCAAUAAUGAUAUACUUAACUAA